UACCUCUAUCAACAUGAAUCGGAACACGCUUCUCAACAUCCUCGUCGCAUGCUUCGCCCUGUUCGCCUUGGUCACGCGUCGUGUGACUGCCCAAAACUGCGGAUGCUCUGCCGGCCUCUGCUGCAGCCGGUACGGUUACUGCGGGACCAGCCAGGCCUACUGCGGACCGGGUUGUAAAGCCGGCCCUUGCAGCUCCACUGCGGCUCCGCCCACCACUAACGGGGUCGUGGUCGGCAACAUCGUCACCUCCACUUUCUUCAACCGGAUCAUUAACCAGGCAGCUUCGAGCUGCGCCGGGAAGAGGUUCUACUCGAGGCAAGCGUUCCUCAACGCCCUCAGUAACUUCACUAGGUUCGGGCGGGUCGGGUCAGUCGCCGACUCGAAGCGCGAGAUCGCCGCUUUCUUCGCUCAUGUCACGCAUGAGACUGGACACUUUUGUUAUAUCGAAGAGAUAAAUGGGCGUACUGACCCCAGAAAGACUUACUGCGACCGUAGUGUGACACGGUACCCAUGCAAGCCAGGCAAGAAGUACUUCGGCCGAGGGCCCCUCCAGAUCACGUGGAACUACAACUAUGGCCCAGCCGGCGAGAGCCUCGGGUUCAAUGGGCUCAACUCACCGGAGACCGUCGCGAACAACCCCGUCAUGGCCUUCAAGACCGCCUUGUGGUUCUGGAGGACCAACAACCUCCAGUCCAAGCUCUCGGGCCAAGGGUUUGGCGCAACGAUCCGAGCCAUUAAUGGCGGAGAGUGCAGCGGGGCAAACCGUGGAGCUGCUCGAGCCCGGGUCACGUAUUACACUAAUUAUUGUAGGCAAUUUGGGGUUGCACCUGGUCGUAAUCUCUACUGUUAGGGGUUCGCGAUCGGGAUUGAUCGAUGUGGGUACAAACUUUGACAAUAAUGUACUCUAAAAACAGCUUUUCUCCGCCAAACAUAGCUUGGUAAUCGGGAUGAAGGAUGAUGAAAUAAAGAUGUUGCUUUUGUUAAGCAA